AUGGCCUCGUCAGAGUCAUCCUCCUCAAGCAGCCCUCCUUCAAUGAGUCCCCCGCCACCAAUGAGCCCACCUCACAACAAUAAUCGCUGUCCAUCUCACAUCAAGAAGGGCAAUGCUAUUCGUGCCGCUCAUCAGGUCUACAAUCAAGCCAUCAACAUUCAAGAAGAUCAGCGUGGUCGAACACCAUGGCUCGAUCUUGAACUAGAUGAUCUGCCAACUUCAGCCGAAUGUAUGGGUUCAAAUGCCGAUGCUGGAACCGAGUUUCCAAGUCUUGAAGCAGCACAGGAGUACCGAAAACUGCUUCUCGAAGAUGCCACUACUAUCGACAAUACAAUUCCUCGAACACAAGCUCAACUCCGGGCACAUGCUUUGGCUCUCUUCAAGGCCUUCAAGUGCAUUCCAGAGGAAUGUCAGGACCGAGACGACAUGAAAAAAUGGUUCGUCGAACAGCGACACAACAACCAGCUUGUAGAGGUCAAGUGCUGGGAGAUCCUCCACGAGUGCAUCAACCGAUCCACCACAGUUACCAACUUGGUCGAGGCUCAUGAGCCACACAAGUUCAAGUUCAAAAGUGGUGCCAUGACGUUUGCUCAGCGCUUCAACAUCAUCAAGGAGACAAUGGCUCUUUCAAAGACUAUCUGCAAGCAUCUUUUUGACGUUUCGUUCACAUUGAAGUUUGUCGAUGAUCCGGCACACAACCGAGCUCGUGUUGAAUCAAAUCGUAUCCUCAACACUAAAAAGGCAGCGAUCAUGAAGAGGGGAAAGGAGCAGCAGGCCAAGGACGAGCAGCAGGCAAAACGCCCUCGUCUUAUGCAGAACACCGCGACCGAUGCUCAUCAUGGAGAAGAUAUGGAUGAUCUCGAGGACAAGGACAUGGAUGAGACACCAGUCAAGACGAAGACUGCCCGCACUAUUCGAACCCCCCGACCUCAGACCCUAUCUCGAAAUCGAGCAACGAGCUUAAGGUCUGCCAUCCCUAUGGGAACUAUGAGUGCUCCGCAGAUGCGUUCCCGCAUGUACUCUCCAGGACAAAUGAACUCACAAUACCCUGGAUUUCAGAACGGUUCCUCUCCUUUGGACAAUUUCUCUACGGGAAUGGGCACGCGACUCAUGACUAGCUAUGGCGGCGACGAUUUGAUGGCUGCUUCAAAUCUCUCGAGUAUUUCUCACCAAGGAAGCAUAUAUCAAUCCCCAAAUCAACAAUAUAGCCAAAUGUCACCAUCGGCCCAGUCCUUCACGAUGUCUGAUGCAGGCCUGGGAUUUGCUGCACGGAAUACCACCUACCCGAUCAUGAGACCUGAAUCAUCGAUGUCGCAGCGCACAGUUUACCAAUCUUCACAAAACAUGGCUGAGCCGUGGAAUCCACAGGCACAAGCCCCACUGCGUGCAAACUUUGGUCCAAACUUCCACAAUGGAAAUACUUCAUCUCCCAAUGGCAGUGCAUCAGGCUAUGAUACGAUGAUCGAUCCUGCUCUUACUGGAUCCUUCUCAAAUAGUGGUUGGAUGACUCCCAAUACUCCCACUCCUACCAAUGGUACAUGGGGUCGGCACGCUAUGGGACCCCUAAAAGCUCUUCAGCUACUUUCGCCAACCCCACGUCGACCAGGUGGCUUGCACAUGCACCAACAAGAUGUAGCAAUGGGCGCUCUUGGAGGGAAUCCUGAAGAAAGAACUGAAGAACAGCGUCCAGACGAGCUUCAGCAGCAGGAGCAGGAGCAUUCGCCUGCUGUGACUAAGGACCGGCCUGCAAGUUUCUCAUCCCAGGCCACAAUUGAUGAGGCAGUAGAAGAUCCUUCUUUUGAGACAGAAUGA